GCACUAACUAAUCUAUUGAACAAGAAAUAGGAUUAUGGAGAAAAAGUCAAGUGUUCUUCGGCGUGCCCAAGGUAUCAUCAAUUAUUACGAUGCUGGACUACCGGGCUUGAUAGAUAUAUGCUGCUCACCAGGACAUAUAUAUGACGCCGCCGAUGCUUUCGUAACCGCCCAGGGAAACGAGAUUUUACACAUCCAACUGCCUCACAAUUCACGCCAAUUUUUAAUCCUCUCCCAAGAGCUCCUAGAUGGUGCGCGUAAUUUAUACGGUGUCCCCUGUACUUGGUUCUUUGGCAGCAACCGACUCUUCCAGAGGCGAUAUAACACACCACGAGCCAAAAUGCUGUCGCUUGUGAGCAGCAUGAUCAAGCAGCUUAUCGAUAUACUACCAAGGAGAUUCGAGGACCCGGACAUGGCACUCUCACGACGGGUAUUCAACAGUCUACGUCUACACUCGCCGGACAUGUCCAUAACGAUUCCUGCGGCUGUAAGAAUCAUCAUAGCCCUCAUUAAUGUGAUACCUACCGAGAUACUAUUUUUCUUCGAGGGAUGCAACGAUUUGGCGUUAUUAGCAGACGAGAGACCUCUUGACGAAGCCUGCAACGCCAUCGGGGAUUUGCUUCGUUUUCUAGCACGAGACGAACCGGGAAGACCUCGAAAGAUACUUUGGAUUGAGACUGGAACAUCUGCCGCUUUCAUUAGAACGAUAACAGUGACGAUGAACCUCGAAAAGUACACCAAUGUGGCAUAUCCUGCAGACUGGGAUAAUGCGACGAGGAGCAGGAGACGUAGUCGUGCAGGCGGUCGUGCAACAAGGCGGUAAUACUCAACAUCAAGGAAGGUGAUAUAUGCUGUUACUGUGGAUACGACUUUGGAAUUAUGAUUUCUGGCAUUUUUGGGGACUGAGUGGAGAGUUAAGCAUUGUAAAGGAGCUUACCUCUCCAUUCAAUAGCAUGUUACCUAAUCAAUAUAUACACCACAGUGUUGGAGGAUGAAUAAGGCUCGGAGGAAUUAAUUUGAAGCAUGCUGGUUUUCUAUAUGUUGAGGUAUCGGAUUUCUCGACGGCAACU